AGGGGUCUUAAUUCUCACAUUGAAAAUGGCCGUGUCUGUAUCCAGAAAAAAAUCAAAAUCAUCAAGAAAACCAGAACCUACACACUCUUAUUUUGGCUUUACUAUUCUAUACAACUUUGUUAGCCGAAUCUCUGCCACAGUCUUCAUUCUAAUCCUUAUUUACAUGUGGUCUUCCUUCUCCACCGUUAUAACUGGAAAUAUCAUUCAUGUUUGUUUCUCUACAAGGAAGCUCAGUAGCCUCUAUUGUCUCUCUGCAGGCACCCAUCCCUCCAUUGAAAUCCCAAUUUCCACAAACCAAAACAAUUCUUUUACUCCUGGAAUUGAGAGCAAUGCAACUGAGUUGGGUAAGUUUCCAAGUAUCCCGGUCACGAGUAGAGUAGCUAACACCGAUAUAAAUGAGGAGGCUGCAAAUGCUGUGAAGGUCAUUGAGGAGCAAUUACAGGUUCAUAGAUCCUGGAAAUCAGAUAAAAACUAUGCAACUUGUGAUGGUCGAGGAAUAUACGUGUAUGAUUUGCCCUCGAAGUUUAACAAUGACUUGGUGGGUCAAUGCCGCGACAUGGUUCCAUGGCAGGAUUUCUGCAGAUAUAUCAGUAACAAGGGCUUGGGUGAGCCAAUAUCCAAGCUUGGUAAAGGGUGGUAUCAAACUCAUCAGUACUCACUUGAACUCAUAUUUCAUUCAAGGGUGUUGAAGCAUCCAUGCAGGGUUUACAAUGAAAAUGAUGCAAAGCUCUUCUAUGUCCCAUUCUAUGGCGGUUUGGAUAUCUUGCGAUGGCACUUCAAGAAUGUUUCAAAUGAUGUGAAGGACAGUUUGGGUUUGGAGCUAGUGAAGUGGCUUGAGAGACAAAGAUCAUGGAACAGGAAUUCAGGUAAGGAUCAUGUGUUUGUGUUGGGUAAAAUUUCAUGGGAUUUUAGGAGAACUAGCAACUCUCCUUGGGGUACUAGAUUGUUAGAGCUCGACAAAAUGCAAAAUCCCAUGAAGCUCUUGAUUGAACGCCAGCCAUGGCAUGUGAACGAUAUUGGAAUUCCACAUCCAUCUUAUUUCCACCCACAUUCAGACAAUGAUAUCAUCGCUUGGCAACUGAAGAUCAUUAAAUCGAAUCGUAGAAACCUUGUCAGUUUUGCUGGGGCGGCACGAGCUGGUGCAGAGGGCAACAUAAGGUCAGUGUUAAUUGACCAAUGUACUUCAACUAGUGAUGGCAAAUGCAAGUUUCUGAAUUGCAGUUCUGCCAAGUGUUAUGAACCAGAGUCAAUUAUAGAACUUUUUGUUGACUCUGAGUUCUGUCUGCAGCCUCCAGGGGACAGCCCAACAAGAAAAUCUGUUUUUGAUUCUCUGAUAUCAGGUUGCAUCCCAGUUGUUUUUGAUCCUUUCACAGCCUACUACCAAUAUCCAUGGCAUUUACCUGAUGACCAUGAUAAGUACUCUGUGUUUAUGGACAAAAAUGAGGUUACAAAAAUGAAUGUCAAUGUGGUGGAGAAGCUAGCCAAUAUUUCAUCAAGAGAGAGGGAAAACAUGAGGAGGUAUAUUAUAUAUGAGCUAUUGCCUGGAUUAGUAUAUGGGGAUCAUGACUCUGAGCUCGAGAAGUUUCAGGAUGCAUUUGCCAUUACAAUGAACAAUCUGCUUGAGAGGGUUAGCAGAUUAGAUGAAGCACACAACGAUUGAAUUUGACUGCAUUCUUUUGUUUAUUUAUUUGAUAAUUUCAAUAAUAUAAACUGCUGUUUUUCUUUA